CCGCCGUAUUCGCCCUCCAAAUUUACAUCCGGCGAAAAGCUCAGCCUCAGAACCUCCAACACCAAACUCACCCAGCCUCCAAUCUCCAACGAUGCUCCCCGUUACAGCAGCAGCCGAUAUCUCCGACACCCGAGAGGACGGCCCUCCAAUGCUUUUUCCAACUGCUCCUGCUAGUGUAGGGAAGAGCUCUGAGCGGAGCCACCAGUCACAAACACAGUCUUUUAAAGCGUGUCCAGAGACGGAGACCGAGGUUUCUGAUGUGGAGCAUAAUAAGCGGAAAUUGUUGCUUGCGACGGGGCUGUGUUUUGCGUUCUUUGUGGUGGAGUUGGUUGCGGGGUUUUGGGCAGGAUCCCUCGCCAUCCUCAGCGACAGUUUCCACCUCCUAUCCGACAUUGCCGGUUUCGCCAUAUCGCUCGCAGCAUUAUACCUGUCCCAGCAGCCAGCAACAAAACGCCACUCCUACGGCUUCCACCGCGCCGAAAUUAUCGGCGCAAUCCUCUCCACCUUCCUCAUCUGGAUCUUAACCGCAUUCUUAGUAUAUGAGGCGAUCGACAGGGUGCGGAACCCGGUCCCCAUCAACGGGCCCAUCAUGUUUGCGACGGCGGCGGUUGGGGUGGGCAUAAAUAUAGUGCUGGGGUUGACUUUGCAUGGGAGUCAUGACCAUGGGCAUGGGCAUGGGCAUUCGCAUGGCCACUCCCAUGGGCAUUCACAUUCUCACCAUGAUGAGCAUGAGCAUAGCCACGACCACGAGCAUGACCACGACCAUGACAUCGAGGAGAGACCGCUCCGUGGUCACGACGCAGCACCAAAAAAGAAGCCGGCAAUGAACAUAAACGUCCACGCGGCCGCAAUCCACGUCAUCGGCGACCUCAUCAGCUCCAUCGGCGUCCUCAUCGCCGCCACAAUCAUCUGGGUCAACCCCGACAUGACCAUCGUGGACCCGAUCUGCACGUUUGUGUUUUCGGUGUUUGUGCUGGCGACGACUGUGCAGCUGAUGUGGAAUAGCUUAACUGUGCUUAUGGAAGCAACACCAGCAGACAUAGACCCCCUCUCAGUAGCCAGCGACCUCCGCUCCAUCGCCGGCGUGGCCGACAUCCAUGAUCUGCACAUCUGGACACUCACAAUGGGCAAGCCGUCCCUCUCCGCCCACCUGCAAAUCCUCCCCGACCUCCCAGGCGCCUCCACACCGCAACCUUUAACAUUAACCCACUACCACGCCAUCCUCGCCGAAGCGCAGAAUCUUCUAUGUUACAAGUACGGUAUUCAUCAUGCGACUGUGCAGUUGGAGAGUUUGGAUGGGGGACAGGGGGAGGAGGCGGAGGGGGGAGGGGACGUGGUUGUUGUUGUUGAGGAGGAUGGGGAGGCGGCGGGGUCGGAGACUUCGAGUGCGAGGGGUACCGUGGGGAGGGGGCCGAGAUUGCAUUGUAAUCCGGUGAUGUGUCGGACGACUGAUUAGAAGGCUGGGUGGAGGAGAUGGAGAAUUGCACGACGAGCGGCGGAGGGGAGCUUAGGUCUCCACGGCCGCUGGGCUUCACCAUGACUUGCACAUAGAGUACAUAUUUGACACCCGCCGCCUUCCCCACAUACCCUUUACGACCAACGGUCGGGGGAAGAAUAUCGUAAAUAUUAGUAGAACAGGCUCAAAUCUGCCCUACCUCAGUUCUCCGAAUUGCGGACAUGUAUUCUUGCAUUGCACACACGUCU